AUGUUUAUUGUUGCACCUCCUCCCUCACAGUUCUUGGCUCCGCGCUCAGACCCGAACAUCAUCUUGGCAGAAAUUCGGCGGCAGCUGUUCCACCAUCGAGGCGCGGGCAGGAAAAAUGUCAUCGAGUUUCAAGAGGCCUUCAAAGCUUGGGAUGGAGACGGAGACCACAUGCUGAGCCACUUCGAAUUUGAAAGGGCGCUGUGCAGAUGCGGGAUCUUUCUCCCUGUUCAAGAGGUAAACGCGCUCUUCCGACGGUUCGACUCAAGAGGGGAUGGCUUCGCCGAUGCUGAGCGCGGCGAUGGCACAACCAGUGCGGUGUCGCUAGGGUUAGUGGAGGCUGUGGGCCGCAUGAAUGCGGACGGCCACCCGGAGGUGGCUGCCGGGAGAAUCGGUCCGCAGGAGGUGAAAGACGAUUUCUGCGAGUUCUUCAUCGACCGAGCGGGUGAGAGAGGAAGCGGCGGCGCGGCCGCGGGUGCGCUGGCGGUGUCGCUGGAAGGGUUCAGGGAAUACUAUCGAGAUGUUGGCGUUUGCGAACCGUACGACACGGUCUUCGUCCCUAUGAUCGAGGCCCUGUGGGGAGUGCGAGAGCCACAUCCUGGGGACAACAGGCGCAGUGAGCUGACGAAGCUCUUGCUGCCCAAACUCAAGCAGCACUCUCGUGGGGCCGAGACUACCGGGGAGGUUUUGAGGAAGACCCUGAGGUACUACAGCGAAGACGACAACGGAGAGCGCGGCGCCAGGCACGGCGGCGGCGCCAGGCACGGCGGCGGCGGCGGCGGCGGCGUCGUGGGCCCUUCGGGCGUGGAGAGGUCUCUCAACAGCUUCGGCUUGUACCCGGAUAAGAGGGAAGUCGAAGGCAAGGCUCAAAGACACCCUCCUGGCGCUGCUCCGACGCGAGCCACAGGCGCGUACAUCCGCUUCUACCACUCGGGAGCAGUCGGCAGGGAGAUCUCCAGGUCGUUGGCCAGCGAAACAGCCGGGAUGGUUGUAGCACUUGAGCACCGGCAUGACCGGAACGAGCCAGAUCUCGACGAGGACGCCUACUCCCGCAGCGGCGACGUGCCCGGCAUGGACGUCGUGUCCGCUGGCUCCGUGACCUCCUUCGUGCGGAAGCUGUUCCAGAUGGUCCAGGGAGAGUGCGACAGCAUCGUGGGCUUCGUCGCGGAUGGCACCGCGUUCGAAGUGAAGGACCCGAGACGGCUGGAGCAGGACAUCCUCCCAAAGUACUUCCGACACUCUAGGUUCCAGAGCCUCGUGCGUCAGCUCAACUUCUACAGCUUCAAAAAGAUCAGCAAGGAGAGAAGCGUGUGGAUCUACAAGCAUGCGUUCUUCCGCAGGGACGAGCCGGAGCUCUUGCACGCGCUCAAGCGCAAGACCAACCAGCACGGGGCGCCGGCUCGCGUGGGCGGUGGCGUCGCAGGGCUUGGGGUCGGCGACGGCGGCGCGGAUGACAUGAUGGUGGUGGACAGAGCCGCCCCGAUUGUCGGAGGAAGUCUCUCUCGCGACCCACUCGACAGCAACAAGGCGAGAUCCCGCGGCCUCAGCUUUCUGCCCCCCCGCCACGCGGACGGCGGCGUCAGCGCCUUCCGGCCCCCUCACCACGACUACCACCACAGCCCUUCGUUCAGCAACCAACACCAAGAGCACCACCAGCACCCCCCCCACUACCCUCACCACCGCAGCAGCAACGGCGACCGUCACUCCAGCAGAAGCAGCAGGCCACCGCACCACCCGCACCCCGCUCACCGCAAGAACGGCAGCAGCGGCAGCGGCAGGGUGUACCACGCUUCCUCGUCCCGGGGCGCCGGCGGCGGGCCGUCCACGGGCGGCGCGGCCGUCCCGUCCUACGGGGGACAGGGGCCUUCUUCCCGUGGCGGAGCCCCCGGCUUCGCGUGGGCGGGAGCGGGUGGUCGUCCGGUCUCUUCUAGCGGUGGUCCUGGCGUAGAGUACGAUCGCCGCAGCGGCGGCGUCGACGGCGGCAACGGCAUGCGCGCGACCAAGGCGGGGGGGCACCGCGGAUUCGACGACGGUCGGUCCCCGUCGUCGUCGUCAUCGUCCCAGGCCUACAGUCGGCAGGGCCCCGCGAUAGGCGACGACAGGGGCAGCGCGGUCGGCCGGCAACGCGGCGGCGGCGGCGGCAACGGGAGGCCCGCUGCUGCUGCUGCUGCUGCUGGCGGUGGUGCCGGUGGCGGCGGUGUCACGGACAAGGACCACGCGUUGGCCCUGUUUGGCCUCUCGGCGCUCUGCCAGGUGGCCUCGGCGACGGAGGCUCCCGCCGCCCACGACAACGAGUCGAUCGGGCAGAUGGACGAGGACGGCGGUGGCGGUAGCGGCGGCGGUGGCCGCGGCUCCCGGCGUUUGUCCGACGUCGUAGAUCGACAGCCACAAAAGCGCCACCGGGGGGUAGGCCCGGACGCGGACGCGGGUAGCCGGCGAGGGUGGGCGGUGCAGGAGUCAUCGGGCGACGACGAGAGGGAAGAGGAGGAGGAGGAGGAGGACGGUGUCACGAGUGCCGAGCGCGACGACUCUAUCCCUCGGCAGCAGCAGCAGCAACGGACUAGCGGCAGCGGAGGCGUUUUCUGCCCGACGUGGGACUGGGGACGCGCCGCGUGCGAGCCGGCCAUCAGGCUGCCGGGCUCCUUCGUAGACCGUCGUUUCGAGGAGGUGGACCAGCAGGUGGUAAAGGACGAUGACGAUAACGACGACGACGAGUCGAGCAGGGCCGAGGAGGAAGAAAGAGACCAGGGCGAGAGCAGACAGGAGUUCGCGCAGAAAUCGGACGACGAAGGACCUGAGGCCAGGCCCGACACUGGCAGUGCAGCACACCGCAGAGGGGAGGCGAUGGCGAUAACGGACGAGGUUUCGGUGUCCCUCGCGGGGAGCGACGAGCCCCGGCCAACCCCUACCGCCGCCGUCCCACCGCGGCCGCGAGACGCGCAGGCGGACAUGAAAGCGGAAGCCGACGUCGGCCUCGACGGCAUCGGCGCGUUCUUCUCGCACUGCUGCUCCGCCGCCGCUUCCGGCAACGACACCACGAGGGCGUCGGAGUCGGUGUUCCUCGCCACCGUGGCCAACAGCGGGGACGGCGGGCUGCGCGAGAUGGCGGUGUUCUGCGCCGGCCCGGCCGGCAAGGCUCCCGACGCCGCUUCCCCGGCGUACCUCGCCCGGGAGGUGUCCCUCUUCCUCCAGAGCGAGGAAGCCGUCGCGGAGGACCUGCGCGUGUACGCGGAGGCCCUCGACCCCGCCGCCGUGGACGUUGUGGUGGAGGGGAGCCUGGGGAGCAGCAGCAAUCCGGUGCCGGUAACGCAGCCGUUGUCGCCGGACGGCGCGAAACUUCUGCGCGUUUUCUGCCGGUUCGCGGCGUGCCGGCUCGGACGCGCGCUCGAGGUGGCGUCGCUGGUGGCGGAGUCGGCGGAAGAAGCCGCCGCUGGCGGCGGCGGCGGCGGCGGCGACAAGGCCGCGGAGCAGCAGGGGCUGCUGCUGCAGCGGCACGGCGCCUUCGCGCGGCGGGUUGCGCCGCAGCUGGACUCGUGCCGGUGGAAGUGGUGGCGCGCUGCCGUUCGCUUCAGCUGA